AUGUCCGGCAUGGGACUAACCUCGAACCAGUCAGACCUCUCGCGAUUCUCCGACUCGGAGACGGAACAGGAUCGGUCCCCUCCCGGAAAAUCUCCCGCCGAUAUCCUCUCCGGCGUCUACCGCGGCUUCAAGAAAUUCGCUCCGAGCAGAGACGAUUCGUCCAAGCUUUCGAGACAGCCGUCGCUUUCGCAUUUGGGUUUCAAGAGCAACUCCCCGAGCUUGACAUCCUCUCCAUCCCCGCCCCCUUCCGCGAGGCCCACUCCCACCCCCGAUCCAGGCUCAUCCAAGAACCGUUCUCUUCAGCAUGCGAGAAGCUUGAGCCUCCAGAGUAGUCUCGCGAAACCGUUGCCCGAACCGCCACCGGACAAUUCUCCAAUCGGUCCCGAUACUCCGGCCGCCGCCCAAUACAACUACGCUAGUCUUGGCGCCAUAGACGAGGCUCCGGCCGAUGAUAUGGAGAGCCGCACCAGCACCAUGGACUCCGGCGUUUCGGUGGACAGAGCACAAAUGUACAGCGGGGGAACAGGAUACAACGCCGACAUGGCCAGCAGUCAGAGCAGUCUGGCAAGCUCCUCGAGGCAAGAUGGAGGUGAAGAGCCAAGGGAAACUCUGACGCCGAGGAGUAACGGUCCUCUGUCCGCAGGCCCUUCGCCCUCGUCGAAUCCAGCCAGGGCACCCUCCGCUGCCGGCACACCGACUCCUUCGUCAUCCGCACAUCUCUCGGGCCUCAUGUGCAACGUGCAUCGCACGACCGGCAGGGAGCCGCAUCCGCUUGUCGGGGCUACAACAACUAUCCUCGGUGACAAGCUCUACGUCUUUGGCGGAAGGAUCCUGUCUAGGAGCAGGCCUGCCCCUUUGACGUCGGACCUGUACGAGCUAGACCUUAUUCGCAGGCAUUGGUCCAAACUGGAAACAUCCGGCGACAUUCCUCCACCCCGGUAUUUCCACUCCAUGUGCCCUCUAGGAGACACCAAGCUCGUUUGUUACGGAGGCAUGUCCCCCACGCCGAACCAGACCGGCACGGGCCCGGAUCAGCAGCCCGAGGUGACCGUAAUGUCCGACAUUUACAUUUACGACGUUCCAACGCGGAAAUGGACGUUCAUCCCCACACCAGAGGCGCCUCAAGGUCGCUACGCACAUUGCGCAUGCAUACUACCCACGUCAGCGUCCUUCACGUCACACAAGGCCCCACUGUCGGCACUCCAACAUAACCCCUCAACAGGGAACCCGAACGAAGGAAGGAUCGGUGUCAACAUCGACGGUUCUGGUGGCGCCGAAAUGGUGGUCGUGGGUGGUCAGGAUGGCGCCAAUCACUACAUCGAACAAAUAAGCGUCUUCAACUUGCGCAGCCUCAAGUGGACCUCGAUCGAACCCCUCGACAAAAGCUGUGGCGCCUACAGGAGUGUCGUCGCACCUCUUCCGCCCUCUGCCACCUCGCGCAUCGGCAAGUCGAGUUUGAACGGAUUUCAGCGAGACGGCGCCGGCCAAGACUCCCGCGAAGCUGGAUCGUCGAUGCUCAUUUACUCCAACUACAACUUCUUGGACGUCAAGCUCGAACUACAAAUCAGAUCCUCGGAUGGCACCCUGACCGAAAAGCCCAUGUCGGGCUCCUACUCGCCUCCUGGCCUGCGAUUUCCCAACGGAGGCGUCAUCGACACGUACUUCGUCGUGAGCGGUACCUACCUCACGUCCUCAAAACAAGAAUACGCUCUAUGGGCACUGGACCUGAAGACGUUGACCUGGUCGCGCAUUGACGCUGGUGGCGCCGUCUUCAGCCAGGGCAGUUGGAACCGCGGCGUAUUAUGGAACCGCAGGAACACAUUUGUGAUUCUUGGCAACCGGAAACGAAGUCUCGUCGAUGACUAUAAUCAUCGGCGUAUCAACUUUUCCAAUGUUUGCAUGGUCGAACUGGAAGCUUUUGGCUUCUACGACAACCCGAGAAAGACCAGCCCGAUGUCUGGUUUCGUGUCCGCCAGUAGCCCGUACACCGGUCCCGGCUUGAGCUUGGCUAGGAAGGCCGGUUCUACGGCUGGCGGACGUUUCCACUCGAGGGCCUCCGAGGAACUAGGAGAGAAGGCGCUCGCAUUGCGCGAACUGUCCGACAUGGAUAUUCUGUGCCUGCACGGAGAAAGGAUACCCAUCAACUCGAGGAUUGUAGCGCGACGAUGGGGCCCAUACUUUGUACAACUUUUGCGAGAAGGCACAGCGACCCAAGACGGCAGCGACGCCAUGACCCUGCGGUCUGGACUCGGAAGCGCCGUCAGGAAUUCCGUUCUGACCAUUACGCCUUCUCGCCCUACCCACGAGAGCACGAAUUCCAUCGCGAGCACUGUGAUGUCGUCUGGCUCCUCGACUAAACCCCCAAGCACAGCUCCGACUAGUGCCUCAGCGGCAUCGUUCUCCCUCCCCGCCGCCGGCAACGCCGACCCGAACACAGUCAACUCGGCCCCGACUCCGAGAUCACUACCACCGAACUCGCGGCCGCGGUGCCUUUACCUCCCGCAUACCUACCUCACCGUCCAGGCUCUCCUCCACUUCCUCUACACAUCGUCCCUACCGCCGCCUUCGUCUCCUCUGUGCACACCUCCUAUCCUUUGCUCCCUCCUGCAGAUCGCCCGGCCCUACCGAAUCGACGGCCUGCUCGAGGCAGUGGUCGAACGUCUCCACGCCCUCCUCGACUCGAGAAACGCGGCUGCGGUAUUCAACGCCACCGCCAUGGCGGCAGGAGGCGGCCGCGGACUCGACGGCUCGCUGAACCCGAACUUCUUCGUCCCGGUCGACGCCAUGGGCUCACCGUUGUACCCCGACGACUUUCAAAAUGGUAGCAGUGCGGACUUGCAAAACCUCUCAUCCCGUACUGGAGCACUGCGCAUUAACACAGCCAUGUCCACAGGCCGGCCGUCCAGCGACGAACUCAGCGCGACGACGAGCGUCAGCGGGUCCGAAUGGAGCUCCGAGAUUGGCGAUUCCGAACGCGGCGGCAUGCGCGAGGUCUGGAGCGGCGAGCUCAGCUCCGUCAUCGGCCUGCAGAAGCGUGGUCUGCGUGGUCUGAUGGAGGGCAGGAGAAUGCGCGAGCGCACGGGGACCAACUCCGGCACCAGCAUGAGCGCGGGCGUGCCGCCGUACGGCGGACAAGGUCGGGUUGGGCUCGGCAUCGCCGGGUCAUAG